AUCCAAGUAUACAUAUGUCAGAGAAUUUGAACCGUCAACGUAUUUUUCUUAAUCUGUUACGUUAAGUUUUGUGUUUGCAGAUUGGGUAUUAUGAGUUUUCAGAUGGCGUCGACGACGAAAAUACCACCGAUAACUAUGAGUAAACUUUACGUUGGAAAUCUUCCUAAUGAAACUAACGAAAUCAAAUUGAGACAAUUAUUUGUCGAUCAAAAUCUUUCUUGCACCAAUAUCCUUAUAAAAAGAGGUGGGUACGCUUUUGUCGAUUGCCCUGAUCAGUCGUCUGCCGAUAGAGCUAUUGAUAAACUGAAUGGAUACAAUUACAAAGGAUCCGCUUUGGUUGUGGAGCCUUCGGUGGCCUCAGGUAAAAAGAAACCCCAUCCAGCUUUCCAUGAACCGCCUCCGAUCAACGUCGGUAAUCCGUGGAUGAGAGCUAGUGCGUCUGGACGUUAAAAUACGCAGAAGUAAAGUAAAAAAGUUCUAUGGUAUUGUAGAGAUUCGUGCAUCUUUGUAUACUUUGAUUUAUCUUAAUAAAUGUAAGUCACUACUUCUGAUCAAUAA